AUGUUUGCAUUCGCCUGGCUCGUCGCGCCCUGCUACACGGCGCUCCUGCGUGGUGCUCCCAAUGGCCGGCGCGGCUGUGGCCUACCUCCCUGCAUGCAGUCUCAUGAGCCGGUGCACGAUGCGAUGUUCCGGCCGGCAAAGGUGGCGCCCGCGGGCAUCCAGCACAUGGCGGACAAGAUCUGCCUCGUCAGCACCGACGCGGCCGACGCGGCGCCGUACUUGGGCAUUUACCGAAAGGGCGUGUUUGGGCACAGCGGGAAAAACAAGUACCAGAGGCACGGGUAUUACGAGCAGGUGGGCGACCCGAACAAGAUCGUCUGGUGGGACGGAGAGGGCGGCGUGUGGACCGUCGGGUGGCGCACGGUCGGCGGGCGGCACUAUGCGGUCGGCACCUUGUGCGUCGAGGACGCGUCUGCAGAGGGAGAGGAGGAGGCGUGGGAGGGAGAAGGCCGGGUCUUCCUGCUGGGCCCGACGCGUCGUGAAGGGGAGCGGCCGUGGAAGGCGACACCGACAAGAGCAAGGCGAGAGCGCAGCGGCAGCCCGGACGGGUAUGGGGGCGGGCGCAAGGCGCUCGGCCCGCACGAACUCGUCAGCAGCGGGACGAGCGCCAACUCGGUCGCCCCGUGGGGGGCACAGGAUCGGCACCCCAGCGGCAGAGCAGCGGCAGCAGCGGAGGCGGAGGCAGCAGCGGAGGGAGAGGCGGAGGCAGAGGCAGCAGCGGGCGCGGAGGCGGAGGCGGCGGCGGAGGCAACAGCGGGGGCGGCGGAGGAGGCGGAGGCAGCCGUGUCCGACUCGCGUCGCAGCCGAGAUCGCCCGAGGGUGCGGCUGCAGCAGAUCGAGGAGCGCGCGGCGAGGGCGACUGCCGCCGCGGCGGCGGCGCGCAGCGGCGGCGGCGGCGAGGCGGCUGCGCCGGAGGAGGCGGCCGCGGAAGCUCUCGGCAGGUGCGACGCGCUCGAGUCUGCGCUCAAGUCGACGCUGCGCGUGUACGAGGCGGCGGUGCGGCGGAGCGAGGAGGCGGCGGAGGCGGCGGAGGCGGCGCGAGAGGCGUUCGGCGUGGCGGCGGCGGAGGAGGAGGCGGCGGAGGCGGCGGUGUGCGAGGCGUUGGCGGGGCUGGAGCCGCAGGGGGGUGAGCCGCCGCGAGGGACGGAGUGA